AUGGUCAUCAAAACGCCCGAGGAUCCGUUUCUCUACUAUCAUUUGGGUGAGUUAAUCUAUUUUCUUCUCGUAAAUUUAUUCAAUUCUCACGAGCCAGCUGGUUUUCUGGGCGCAGGUGUAAUUCCGAUUCGGCUAGCUCAUUUCUUUAUCGGUAGUCAAGUUGGUUUUUCUUCAAAGCUACAAUCUACAAUAGAAAAGUGCAAAGAUUUCCGCCUACAACUUCCAGGAAAUACUUCUAUUGUUCUCCCGCUUUUUUUUUUUGUCUCAUUUCUCGUUUUCCGUUUUUUCAUUGAAAGAAUCUCGAACAUAAUGAUGGGGUAGUAGAAGGCCUCCCCGACAAGAAGAAGAGAGAGUCGAAUAUAUUGGUGAGCGACGACAACGACAGCCGGCAGAAGGGGUCGGGCUCAAACGCACACAGAAAAAGAAAAACCCGGCUCCCAGCGAUGGCGGGAUGAAUUUUCAAUGUCGGAAUGGAGAUGAAAUGUGACGAGUGUUGCUCGUGUUGCUGCUUUGUCUUUUAGUGGCCUUUUACACCCAGCAUGACAUCCCCCACUCCCCAAUUCUGUUGAAUUCAAUGCACUUUUCAUAUAUCUGUCGUUCCUAUUCUUCCAUCCCAUCCACAACUUUGUUUUAUUGUUCUUUCUCUCACUUGCAUUCCGCCUCUUUCUUCUUCUUCUUCUUCUUUCUUUCUUUCUUUCUUCCAUCCCAUCGAUCGUCACGUCGCUAUUAAGUUAAGUAAAACGCGGUUAUGAUUGGCUCCGCCUCAUGCACGAGACCGCUCCAUCAAGCGCUGAUUCCGCUGGCGGUUAGCGUUCCGCCAGCAGCACUUUUCAUUAGAGGAAAGACUGGCAGAGCAGAAAGUAGGUUGACGGGUUUUUCAGAGUGAUAAAACAGUUCAUCAACAAAAAAGUGAUUUUUUCAGUGGAAGAAGAAUUGGAUACGCAACCAGCAUUAGAACGGCAAAGACCACCGAGCAUCGAUUUAUUGUUCCAAGUCACCAACUUUUCCAGACCUGAAAUUCAAAGUCUGUACCGAUCCUUCAAAGAGGUAGGUUUUUGGAGAAAAAAAAACUCCUGAAGAAAAUUCGGCGUAUUUCAGGUCGGGCCGUAAAAUCACAAAUAUGCAUUUUUCCAGCUUUUCCCCAAUGGAACCGUGGCCCUAGAUCAGUUCCAAGCGAUUUAUGCGAGCAUUUUUCAAAGAGGCAAUCCAAAAGGUUACGCAGAGCUUGUUUUCCGGAACAUUGACCAGAAUCGCACCGGAGCUGUCACUUUUCUGGUAAUGCCUUCUUCAAGUCACUCUCAGACACUUUUGUUUUUGCAGGAUUUCAUCACAAACUACUCGAAAAUCGCCAAAGGAUCAAUCGAAGAGAAACUCGAUUGGAUUUUCACCCUCUACGACACGAACCGAAUGGGAGUGCUGGGUUACAACGAGAUAUUUCAUGUCGUCCAGUGAGUUCACUCAAAAAUUCUCUUUCAAGAAAAAAAACGCACUUUCUUUACUCAGAUCAAUGUAUCAGCUGGUGGAUGCAUCACUGAAACCAGCUGUUCUCGCCACCAUAUGUCGGCAACAUGUGAAGCUCGUUUUCAAGGUAUUUGAAAGGAGUCUAUGACAUUGUUUCGGUGUAAAACGUGAACAUUUUGAGAACUUGAACAUUGCCAACAACGGGAGGAUCACGAAAGAUGAGUUCAUGCAGAGAUGUCGAACGAAUACGGAUAUUAUGCAGUCGUUGGAACUGUUCGGAUCGUUUUCAAGAGGACUUGUGACUUUGUGA